AUGGCGACUUGGCAGCGCGGGGUCCUGACAUGUGUGGUGGUCAUGUCCCUGGUACUGCUCUCGCAGGUGCCGGACACGAAGGUGGCGAGAGCGUCGGGCAUGGAGAUGCUGCUGGGAGCUGGGUGGACCACCGGGUCCUACCCCAUCCCAAGGAACCCGAAUGCCGAGAAUCUCUCGUUCUCCAGAUGCAUGCACUUCGAUCUGACCCAGCCGAAAGAAGUGGAGCAGCUGCUGAAUUCAUCCUGCUCUUUCCAGCAGGUGUUGGAAAGCGGUGGGAGGCCAAGUGAACUACUUCUGGACAUACUCAGGCUGAAUCACGCGGACGGGAGGUUGAGCCAGAAGUCGCGAGUAAAAGGCUGGCUGCAAAAUUGGACGGACUCGCAGACAACAGAUGCGGGAGGAUGUUGGAAAGUUGGCCCGGAUUCUUGCAACUGUCUGCCCAGCUCCUUGCUGAUCGGCGUGAUGAAAGGCAGUACCGGAGAAAUCGCAGACUGGCUCAACCGGCACGACGCUAUCUGCGGAGCUCCAGGUGAGAUGCAUUUCUUUGAUGACAAGAAGCAUCUGAUAUACGAUGGCCGCCAGGUGCUUGGAAGACUGGCGGAGCUCUUUGAUGCGCUGCAUGGAGACUCGUUUGAGCACCAGCAGAGGUACAACAAAGCGGCCACAGAGGCUCUGGCCCGCUUGAGAAGCACCUGGCGGGUUGAGUAUUUGGACCCUAGGUGCCAGAUGAGCGGUUUCGACGUAUGGAGGGGCAUGCAAGUUUGGGAGAAGACGCCUUCAUACCUGGAUGUCGUGGAUCCUUCUGUUGUUUUUGACUUCUUCCCAACCAUCAAGCUGGCUGUCAUCCUGAGAGACCCGGCUGAUCGAUUGUAUUCGGGAUUUUGGCACGAUUGCCGGCAAACGACUCAGCCGCUCCUGCCCGGAAACUGCAGCUUUGACAGGUUGAAACAGAGUCUGGCGUACGUUGCUAGUAUAAGUGACAUGGCGACGAUGCCCAACAAGAGCCGGGACUGGACUAUUGAGAGACACGUCCUGAUGGGCUUCUAUCAUCGGUUCUUGAGUAAGUGGAUCGAUGCCUUUGCCAAGGUGCCGAAGAGCUCACUGCCAAUGCUAGUCAUGUUUUCCGAGAGUUUCAAAUCAGACCCCUUCCAUACCUUGGAUGUGUACCAAGACUUUCUGGGCCUCGAGCGCAAGUUUGACUUUAAGGCCCGUGCAAAGCAGCUGCCGAAUGGACUGUACGUGUUGGGAAAAGGGAAAGGGUCCAAAACCUUUCGAAAGAAGCCUCCGGGAUAUAUGCCCAUGCCACCGGAACUGCACGACGAGAUUGUCAAGUUGCCCUCAGGUUCUACACGCAGGCCAACCAAGUGCUCUAUCGGAUGCUCUUGGAAGACGAGGGCACCAAAAUGCACUUCCAGGUGGUUGAGCCCCUGCCUGGUUGGCUAG